GCAACAUGGUGUUGUGUACUUUAUGUUUUGUGGCGUUAAUUUUAUCAGUGCAGUGAUAAAAGUAAAGAAUGAUAACUGAUAAAACAAUGUGAUUACUGCAUUUAUUGAAUUUUCUACAAUUGUAUAAACAAAGUUAUGAAUAUAAUUUCAGAGAGAAUUAAUUAAAAUGGCUGCAGCUUUUGAAGAAAACGAAGCUAAUGAUGAAUUGUGGAGAGAAUGUGCUACUUGGCUUACCCGUUGGGAGAUGCUGAGAUCGGAUCAUAAAGCAAACUGGCCUAAUGCGUGCAUAGCAGAUCUGGCAAACAUCCUUCGAGAUGGAGUAUUACUAUGUAAAUUGCUCAAUAAAAUAGACCCAGGUUGUCUCGACAUGAAAGACGUAAACCUCAAACCUACCAUGGCUCAGUUUUUAUGCCUACGUAAUAUAAACUUGUUCCUAAAGACAUGUAUGGACAAUUUUGGACUAAAGCGCAUCGACCUUUUCGAUGAUACGAUGCUAUUCGAUUUGACAAAUUUCCACAAAGUCCUUUGCACUUUGUCAAAGCUUUCCUUAAGUCCAAAAGCUCUGAGAGGAAAAGUACCGGGAUUUACAGCUCAAAGAUUGAAAAGGGAAGAAGAAGUGAUCUAUCAGAGCCUAAAGAGUGUUGAGAUGCCGGUUAGAGCCAGAGGAGUUGUCGUACCAGAAUGUGAUUUUGAUAUGACCAGUGAGGAAAUAUAUCAAGACCUGUGUCUCGAUCAAACCUCUGUAGAGCAACCUCCGACUUUCGAAAAACGUGAUUUCGUAAUAAAAGAACUGUUGGACACGGAAAAGAAUUAUGUCGACGUUUUAAGUAAGCUGAAGAAUAAUUUUAUGCAACCCCUUAUGAACCAAAUGAAGCCUGACGAACACAACACAGUAUUCUUUCAAAUUAAGGAGUUACGCGAUAUACAUGCGGAAUUUUUACACGAACUAUUAAGGAUUAAAAGUAACCCCACCGUGAAACUGAGCAAUAUUUUUAUGAGAUUCAGAGAGAAAUUUUUACUUUAUGGAAAGUACUGCGCGAAUUUAACCAAAGCUACCACCUUGCUUCAGGAACUGUGCGAUAACGACGAAACGUUCAACCAAGCUGUCAUUAAAUACGAAAAAGAAGACAAUAACGGGAGGUUUAAAUUGCGAGACGUCCUUUCUGUUCCUAUGCAGCGUAUUUUAAAGUAUCACCUGCUGCUUGAUAAGUUAAUAGAGCACACAGAUCCGAAUCAUGAAGAAUUUAACGACUUGCGACGGGCGAGGGAAGCUAUGUUGGACGUGGCCGGUUACAUAAAUGAGGCGGCGAAAGACAGCGAACACCUGGAAGUGAUAAAUAACCUCCAGGAAACAAUAACGGAGUGGGAGAUCGAAGACAUGAGAUUGUCAGACUUCGGUAGGCUUAUGAAAGACGCCGAACUGAAAAUCAAGGCCCACCAGGAUCAGAAGAUUAAAAAUCGCUACGUUUUUAUAUUCGACAAGUGCGUUUUGAUUUGCAAACAGCUAAAGGGUAACCAGUUUGCCUAUCGGGAUAUCAUAAACAUCGCCGACUAUCACAUCGAGGAGGUUCACAACAGACCUCUCCUGACGAAGGAGGCCAGGUGGACUUAUCAGUUUUAUCUCGUAAAAAAUAACAGCGAGAACGUUUAUACUAUUUUCGUGAAGUCGAUAGAGCUCAAGCAACAAAUUAUAAAGGCAAUAACUGAUGCUUUGGAUAAUUUACAUCCGAAGACGUUGCAACGAACUACUCACAAUUUCGACUUGCAAACUUUUCCGUCUCCGGUUCAGUGCCACCACUGUUCCAAAUACCUGAAGGGCCUCAUAUACCAAGGUUACAAAUGCAGUAAAUGUCACAUAGCCGUCCACAAAACGUGUAUCCAGUAUUCAGGGAAGUGCGGGCAGAUGCCCCUGCACGUCAACACCAGUUUGUUAAACGGCAUGAACGGCGAACCUAUGAGGGAAAAGUUGUGGUUCGUCGGCGAGAUGGACAGGACCACCGCCACCACAAAGUUGGAUAAGAGGGAGAACGGCACUUACUUGGUACGAAUCCGGCCUCAGAACGACGAAAAGGGCCAGUACGCCUUAACUUUGAAGACUGACAAUACGGUGAAGCAUAUGAAAAUUUGUUGCACCAAUGACGUGCCGAGCGAUUCCAAGAAGUAUUACUUGUCGGAAUCGAAGUUUUUUAGUACUAUCGAGGAGUUGGUGGUUAAUUAUCAAAACUACAGCCUAAAGGAGAAUUUUGAAAAAUUGGAAGAAGACACAAAGCUACUUUGGCCUUAUAGACAGUUAAGAGCAGUGAUUUUAAAAAAUUUCGAAGCACGAGACCCAAACCAGUUGAGAGUUGUAGAAGGAGAGAUAAUUACUAUCAUAGGAUUGGAGGGCUAUAGAGAAGGGUGGUGGAAAGGCAGACGGGAAAAUAAUGAGACUGGUUUUGUUCCUAUAAAUAUAUUGAGAGUGGAGGGAGACGUGAGGUUCGAGACAUAACUAACGUGAAGGUGCACAGCUAGCCAAUAGAAGAUUUAUAACGCAAUAACAUAUUCCGUACUCUAUACACAGUUUUCCUCUGUAAAUACAUAUAUAGACUUUCACGUUAUAGUAUUUGUAAUAGUAUGUUUAAAUCAAAAGUGUUUUAUAUAUGAUAUAUAUAUUUUUUAUGGUUGAAAUUAGGGAAAAAUCGUUGUUGAGAAUAAGACAGAACAUAAUUUUGCAUUGCAGAUAAUGCUACGAUCAUGAAAAUAUGUAGAGGCAUUUUUAUUCCUUUUCACCAUUCUUGAAUGGAUACUUAACACAAAAAUAUAAUUGGCUGGCUGUCAAAAACUUACUUGUCCAUGUACUUGAAUGUGAAAUAUUUAGUAUUUGUAUUGCUAAUGAAUUCCAAAAGCAGAAUUCAUACGUAAGAUGACAUAUCUAAAGUACCAGAUUAAGCCACUAGAGGGACAUCUUAUGCCAUAACAAACAUUGGUGUACUUUACGGGAUAUGCUGAUUUCAACAAUUUUAGAAAUUUAUUUUUUUAUCGAGUGGGUAGAAAAAAAGUAGAUAAAAGAGGUCCCGAGUUCGAUUUUUGAAAAAAAUUUAACAGGCAAAACUGUAUCCCGAUGAUAUCUGUAAGAGCGUAAGGUGUUUUCAUUUAUGAAUGUUUUUUAUGUAAAAGACUUUUUUUAAAACUCUAAUGUAAUAUUUCAUAAAUUUUCAAAAAUAAAGAAUGCCUUAUAUCUUCUAAACGAGUAAAGAUCGGGAUGUGGUUUUCGCUUUCCAAUUUUUUUCAAAAAAAAGCUCGAGUCAUUUGAACUACUUUUGUAUAUUUCCUCGGGAAAUGCGAGAAAUCACCUAAAAAUGUUAAAAUUGGCUCACUCUAUGUUUUUGUUAGACAAAACUUCAUAGAAACAACUCCUGACUGAUCCUUUUGGCACAAGGGUCAAAAUGCCCACUAAAUAUGAAAAAACAAAAACUAUGCCACAAAUAAAUAAUUUCAGACAUUAUAAUCGUUUAAAAAUUUCACCUACAUAUUUUUGUGACGUGCAUUGUGUGAUUUAUAUUAUAGAUAUAUUUACAGAAUAGUAUUUGUCACAUUUUAGAAUUGCUCAUCUACAAUUUUAGUGAUUUUGACAAAGACUAAUGGCCUAAUUGACAUCGAUUUACAUCGAAUAAUCACAUAUUUGAAUUCUCAGCUUUAAGUAGGUGCUGUGUGGCACUUUCACCAUGACUUAUACGUGACGGGAGCGAAGUGUUGCUAUUUUUUAAUGUGUUCAUCGGUAGUAGACACUUUUCUGUGCGUCAUGGCAUAUUCACAAAAUUUCUAGGUUUGUUCUAAAUUUAGUUGCCACUUUGUGUUUUAUGUAACUGUAAGUUCUGCGAUUUUAAUGUUUUGUCAAAACAUUUUUUAUCAUAUAUUUUCCAUGACAGGCUUAUGUGUGUUUUAUGUAAAAAAUUCAUUGUUUGUAUUUGCUUCAGAAUAAUUUUUUAAAUCUGUUUUCUGUUAACAAGUUAGUAUGGAAGGGUAGAAGGGUCACUAAAUAUAUUUUUAUUUUUCUAACUCCUCAUUUCUGAUCUGAGGCUGGAAAUCUGUUGGGUUGGUACUUCCGAAC